AUGAAAGUCUUGUUAGCCACCUGGUUUGUUUUGGGUGUCGGUGCGUUAAAUAUUGAAGCAAACGGUUUGUUUAUAAACUGCACUUAUAUUUUAGAGAAAUUUCCUCCUAUUUAUGCAGUAGAAGAUUUCAGUCAAUGUACAAAAAUCCACGAAAACGAUUAUUGUAUAUGUCACGUCGAAAUAAACGAACCUGUACCCAGACCCCAGUACUGGAAUGAAAUUGAAUUGCGGUCACGCAGCUUCACCCAUUUUGACAGAAAGUAUUUCGAGCGUGGUAUUUGUGUUCCUAAGAAAUUGCGGCUAAACUAUAACAGAUUGAGAUAUAUAGAAAGCAAGCUUGGUGAAGAAUUAAAAAGUUUCAAUUUGUCAGCCAAUGUGCGUGAAGUUAUUUGCAAAGAAGAACAGCAGCAUUCGUCUUUGGAAAAAUAUUUUUUGUGUGCUAUUGUCUUAUAUUUGAUAUUUAUUGUCUAUGCAACAAUAUAUGAAAGAAAAUCGGGACCAUUAAAGCCAGACAGUAAACUGGAUGAGUGGAUAUUCUGCUUUUCGGUGUCCGCUAACUGGAAAAAGCUGACCCGGUAUAAAACUGCAAAUAGUGAUUUUAAUCGGCUACGAGGAAUUCAAGCUGUGAGAUUUUACAAUAUGACAUUGGUGAUAUUUUGUCAUACUAAACUAUCGUGGGCACAACUGUUUGUGUCAAAUCCAGAAGCGAUAGAGCAAGCUUACCAACACAUAUUUUUCCAACUCUCAAUGGUGCUCGAUGUGUUUUUAGUUCAAACAUUUUUUGUUGUCUCGUCGUGGCUUCUUACAAACCACGUUUUAGAAAUACAUGGAGCCAAUGGAAGAUUCACAGUCAAAGAUAGCAUGAUAUUGCUAUUAAAUAGGGUAGUUAGAUACUUUCCUACCCUACUGUUCAUGGUAGUGCUUUUCCGAACUCCUGCAGUCAUCCUCAGCACCGGACCGUUAAAUUUUGAUUUGGUGUAUAUGAACGCGCGUGCCUGUCGCCAUAACUGGUGGGCAACACUGUUCCACACGAGUAAUUUAUUACACCCACACGAAAUCUGUAAUAUGGGAACUUGGUAUCUAGCAAUCGACACACAGUUUUAUAUUAUCACCAUGAUAAUUUUGUAUUUUAUACUGAAAUGGAAGUUCAAUCCGAGGAAAAUAUUGUUGGUUUUGAUCAUUUCGACUGUAAUCUUCAAUGCUGUAAUUACAUUUUUCAGAAAUUUGGAUAUCAUUCUAAGGCUAUCGCCGGAAAAUACAAAGCGGCACAAUUUCUUUCGUAUUCCAGAAUUAAUUUGGCAAUAUACAAGCUUUUAUUUUAACUGGUCGACAAGUUUGGUUGGUAUAGGCAUGGGGAUCCUUUACUUUAGGACAAAGAAUUUAAACGAAAUAAUGAAGUACGAAAAAUAUUAUCCAUGGGCAUUUGCACUGCUACCAUUGACCGUUGUUUACGUCGCAUCAGUCUCACUGGGUGGAAUAAGCGCUGUCCUCCUUGGACCUAUUUUAAAACCUCUUUAUGCUGUUGGUAUUGCUCUAGGUCUGUUGGGAUUGUCGAGAAAAACCAUUGGAGGGUGGAUCAAAAAUAUUUGCGAAUGGAAAUAUGCCGUCAUUCUGGGAAACUUUAGUUAUUGCACGUACAUUUUCCAUUUCUCGAUUGUAUUUGCCAGAGGAGGAGGAGUAAAUAGCUUAGUACAAGUAGAAUUUUUGUCUUUUAUUAAGUCGGCCAUCGCUGAUAUUAUAUGCUCGUGGAUUAUCGGAAUCUUCAUGGCUGUUGCCUUAGAGCAACCUGCAAAUAAUAUCCAAAAAAUGCUGUUACCCCAAAUAGAAAAAAAAAUGAGGGUUCUUAGAAUAAACGUGGUCGAAGAUAAAGUUGGCGGAAACGUGCGAGAUCAAAUGCAGGCACCACAAUUUGCUCAAAACAGAUCCUCAACAGGAGUAGAUUUCUUCCCUGGUAAACCAAAAGAACCUUGGCUCGACCACUGUAUACCUUUAGCAACUUUAGCUACUUCUGUAAAAAGAAGUGCAAACCUAGAAGAUUGUGGAUAUCAGCUGUAA